AUGGGCAAGAAAGCAGCCGCGACGGGCGACGGUGGGCCCAACACCAUCUACAAGGCCACGUACAGUGGCGUUCCCGUGUUCGAGUUCAUCUGCCGCAAUGUAGCCGUCAUGCGUCGUAGGUCUGACGCGUACCUCAACGCCACCCAGAUCCUCAAAGUCGCCGGAUUCGACAAGCCGCAACGGACACGCGUUCUGGAACGUGAAGUCCAAAAAGGAGAGCAUGAGAAAGUGCAGGGUGGCUACGGAAAGUACCAAGGGACGUGGGUACCCAUUGAACGAGGCCUCGCACUUGCAAAGCAGUACAAUGUCGAAGAUAUGCUGCGCCCCAUCAUCGACUUUGUCCCCAGAGAAUCCGUGUCACCACCCCCAGCUCCCAAGCAUACCGUCGCGCCACCCACCAAGCGCGGCAAGGAAGCCAAGCAGAAGGAGGCCCUGGUUCCGAUCAAGAGCGCUAAGGUCCUUGGUGCCGGCAAUGGGCGGCACCAGACGCCAGACUCUGUUGGCGAUGGCGAGGAUUCGGACGUCAUGGACGACAUGUCCGAGUCGCAGACGCCGUCGCCGUUGAACGGCACUUCGCGGCUGCCGACGGUAGACGAGCGAAGCAUUGACGGCAUGGACAUUGAUGGCUUCAGCAUCAUGAAUGGCCGUGCCGGGCACUCGCGUAAGCGGUCGUCCGCCAUGAUGGACGACGAGGACGAGUACGACCAGUUGAGGAAAGCGCGCGGCAACAGCGCCGUUCACACCCCCCCACCACCAGGCGCCAGCCCGCGCGCACAGUACGGCGGGAUGCAACACCCUCUCACCCAGGAUGAGUACAACGACAUUGUCUUGAACUACUUUGUUUCUGAAGCAACCCAAAUCCCCUCUGUCAUGACGAACCCUCCUUACAACUGGGAUUCUAACGGCACCAUUGACGACGACCAGCACACUGCGCUCCAUUGGGCUGCUGCGAUGGGCCGCACACGUGUGAUUAAGCUCCUCUUGUCGGCGGGCGCAAGCAUCUUCGGCAAGAACAACCUCGAGCAGACUCCUCUUAUGCGAAGUGUCAUGUUCACCAACAACUACGACCUGCGCAAGUUCCCAGAGGUGUUCGAGCUCCUCCACCGUUCGACACUCAACAUCGACAAGGCGAAUCGGACAGUCUUCCAUCACAUUGCCAACCUUGCAUUAUUCAAGGGCAAGGUUCACGCUGCACGUUACUACAUGGAGGUCAUCUUGUCGCGCCUGGCCGAUUACCCGCAGGAGCUAGCAGACGUGAUCAACUUCCAGGACGAGGACGGCGAAACGGCGUUGACCCUAGCUGCUCGCGCGCGGUCGAAGCGUAUCGUCAAGGCGCUUCUCGACCACGGCGCCGACCCGAAGAUCCGCAACCGUGACUUCAAGUCGGCCGAGGACUAUAUCUUGGAAGACGAGCGCUUCCGCUCGUCGCCUGACAUCAUGUUAGGUCGGACACAGCCCUCCGCGGCGCCCCGCAACCCAACGUCUCUGGGUGCGGCGGUGUUCAGCACUCUCCCGCCACAGCUGUACAACUCGGAAGCGGCGCGGUUGGCAGCCGGGCAGCACAGCUCGGACGUCCUGCAGCAGAUGCAGUCGCUAGCGCGCUCGUUCGAGGCGGAAAAGGCCAGCAAAGAGCGCGACGUGCUCGAGGCCAAGGCGAUGCUCACAAGCAUCCACACCGAGGUCACGGACGCUGGGCGGACGUUGCACAACCUGGGCGAACAGAUGAAGCCGCUCGAGGCCAAGCAAGGCGAGCUGGACGGGCUGGUCGAGAAGCUCAGGGCCAAAUUCGAGACGGACCUCGCGCGCGGUGCGCGCCAGUGGAAGUCGAGCGAUGAGGGUCGGGAGACACGGUGGAAGAACGGCGACGAUCCUGCACAGGCCGGCGAGGAUUACUCUGACCUGUCGACAUUGACAGCGGUGCCAGAGGUCGCGGAGGCUGUAACUGAGGAAGAGCGGUUGCGGAGCGAGAUCGAAAAGAUGCGACAACGGCGCAGCGAGCUCGUCACCCGUCUAGUGAAGGCGCAGACGGAGACGGGCACCACGGACAAGAUGGCCCAGUACCGGCGCCUGAUAUCAGCGGGCUGUGGCGGGGACAUCAGUCCCUGCGAGAUCGACGAGAUUGUCGGACAGCUCCUCGACAUGCUCGAGAACGAGGCGCAGAGUGGCCGUCCAGCCCCCCCACCCCAGACUGCCCCGUCAUGGGUCACUUCCUAA